CCGCCCCCGGCCGCCAUUGCCGGGCCUGUGGGGCCGCUCUGCGCAGCUCGCUGGCCCUCCGUCGCCAAGCGGAAUAGCGGGGUGGCCCGCUGGACAGGGCACCCGUCCCUGACCGAGCCCGCGUCUUUCCACGGCCAGCGCGCACGGUCCCCAGACAGUGCACCUGCCGGCGGUCCCAACCCAACGGGAGAAGUGGACAUGAGGUUGGCAGGCCCCCUGCGCAUUGUGGCCCUAGUCGUCACUGUGGGUCUCACUUGGAUCAUAGGCAGCAUCCUCCUGGGUGGGCCUGGCAGUGGCUUUCCUCGCAUCCAGCAACUCUUCACCAACCCAGAGAGCGCUGUGACUGCAGAGCCACGGGCCAGGAAGUACAAGUGUGGCUUGCCUCAGCCAUGUCCUGAGGAACACCUGGCCUUCCGCAUGGUCAGUGGAGCUGCCAACGUCAUUGGGCCCAAGAUCUGCCUCGAGGACAAGAUGCUGAUGAGCAGUGUCAAGGACAACGUGGGCCGUGGGCUGAACAUCGCCCUGGUGAAUGGGGUCAGCGGUGAGCUCAUUGAGGCCCGGGCUUUUGACAUGUGGGCUGGAGAUGUCAAUGACCUGUUGAAGUUCAUUCGGCCACUGCACGAAGGCACUCUAGUGUUUGUAGCAUCCUACGACGACCCAGCCACCAAGAUGAACGAAGAGACCAGGAAGCUUUUCAGCGAGCUGGGCAGCAGGAAUGCCAAGGAGCUAGCUUUCCGGGACAGCUGGGUAUUUGUGGGGGCCAAGGGCGUGCAGAACAAGAGCCCCUUUGAGCAGCAUGUGAAGAACAGUAAACACACCAACAAGUAUGAGGGCUGGCCCGAGGCGCUGGAGAUGGAGGGCUGCAUCCCGCGGAGGAGCAUGGCCAGCUAGCAUGGCGGGCCAGGUGCAAGGGCGAGGACGCCACCGGCGCUGCCAGCACAGGGCUGAGGCCCCUACCCCGUGCCUCACAGGGAGGCAGGAACAUUCCCUGACCCCAGCACAUAGGACUCCAAGAUGGGACCGUAUCUUGGACGCACAAUGUGGGGUUGCAGGGGCUGGCCCCAUUGCACUUUGUCAUGGGAACCCAGGUAGCUGUCUCCUUUUCUUAAAGCUGCUUCCCUGAUGAGGCCCCAGCCCCCUUUCCUCCUGGGCCCCUCCUGCCUGGAGGGGCCCUGGGUGCUCACCCCUCUCCCUGGAUGAGGUGGCUAGCGGCUACCUGGCAGGCUAGAGCAUCUUCUGGAACUUCCCAGCAGUGCAGUCUGAAUGUACUUCCAGAGCGAGUCCGCCCUGUGAGCCAUACCUGGUGGCCACUUCUGAAAGCCCAAGUGCAGGCUGCCUCCUGCCUCAUCCUCCACCUGAGAUGGAGAGGUAGCCUGAGCCUGAUCACACCGCGUGGGGUGGCUUCCGUGCUUUGUCAGAGGGCCUGCCUUCUAGAUGACCUCUUAAUAAAUUCUUGGCCCUCGGCGGAAUAAAGUGGAUUCAGAUGUUGUCA